AUGUCGGAACCCAAGAACAUCGACGGCUUCGCUCACAGGCCCAGCGCAGACCACCAUGAAAAGUCUCCAGGUCCGGAGCGCCGGCGCUCGUCCAUAGCUGAUCUCAACAGAAACAAGAACUUGGAUGCAAAAAUCUCAAAUCCGCUUGCUGAUAUCCCUCAAGAAGAGUUGUUAGCCGACGUUGGAGAAUUCGCAAACCGUGCCGGUUUGGCUUCCGAAAUCGAGCUGAUGAAGAAGGGCGCCCUGGUGGCCCAGAACCCCGCGCAAUUCGAGAGCUUUACAUUCCUCACCGACGACGAGAACGAUGCUCUUCGCACGGAGGUUUCCCGCAAGUGGAAACACCCUUGGAAGCUCUACAUGACCGUCAUCGUCUGCUCCAUCGGUGCCGCAGUCCAGGGUUGGGAUCAGACCGGGACCAACGGCGCCAACCUGUCGUUCCCGGAAGCCUUCGGCCUCAACACACCAGAAGGACAGCCGGGCUACGAGAGAGACUUCUGGAUCAUCGGCCUUGUCAAUUCGGCGCCCUACAUUGGCAGCGCGUUUCUGGGCUGCUGGCUGUCUGAUCCCUGCAACUACUACCUGGGCCGUCGAGGGACCAUCUUCACCUCCGCAGUCUUUUUGAUUGCAACGCCGAUUGGAGGAGCGUGUUGCCAAAAUUGGGAACAGUUACUGGCCACACGUAUUCUCAUGGGCAUUGGUAUGGGUUUGAAGGGCGCCACUACACCGGUCUUUGCUGCUGAGAACUCUCCCGCUGCGAUUCGAGGCGCUCUUGUUAUGACGUGGCAGUUCUGGACGGCCUUUGGGAUAUUCCUGGGCACUGCGUUCAACCUGGCCGUCUGGGAUGCCGGCGACAUCGGCUGGCGACUCCAGCUCGGGUCAGCCUUUAUCCCUGCCAUUCCGCUUGCUGCGAUGGUCUUUUUCUGCCCAGAGAGCCCAAGAUGGUGCAUCAAGCACGGCAAACCAGGCCAAGCAUACCAAUCCCUCCUCAAGCUCCGAAACCACCCCCUCCUCGCCGCCAGGGACCUGUACUACAUCAGCACGCAGAUCCAGAUCGAGCACGACAUGGUCGGCGACGACUCCACGUACCUCUCGCGGUUCACGCAGCUGUUCACCAUGCCGCGCGUGCGUCGCGCCACGCUGGCCUCGUUCACGGUGAUGAUCGCGCAACAAAUGUGCGGCAUCAACAUCAUGGCUUUCUACUCGUCGACCAUCUUCCGCGAGGGUGGCGCAUCCGACUUUGAGGCCCUGUUGGGCUCCUUCGGCUUCGGGGCCGUGAAUUUCCUGUUCGCGAUUCCGGCGUUUUUGACCAUCGACACCUUCGGGCGACGGGCCUUGUUGCUGUUCACGUUCCCCAAUAUGGCAUGGACGUUGCUGGCAGCGGGGUUUGCGUUCUACAUCCCGCGCUCCAGCAGCGCGCACUUGGGCGUCAUUGCGCUGUUCGUGUAUUUGUUUGCCGCGUUCUACUCGCCCGGCGAGGGUCCCGUGCCGUUCACGUACUCGGCCGAAGUGUUCCCCCUGUCACACCGCGAGGUGGGCAUGGGCUGGGCCGUGGCGACGUGCCUGUUCUGGGCGGCCGUGCUGGGGCUGACGUUUCCCAAGAUUCUCGAAGCGUUCGCCCCCACGGGCGCGUUUGGGUUCUUUGCGGGUCUGAACAUGGUGGCUCUGGUCAUGAUCUUCUUCUGGGUUCCCGAGACCAAGCAGCGCACCCUUGAAGAACUCGACUACAUCUUCGCCGUACCCACUCGCCGCUUCGUGUCCUACCAGACGCGUACCUGGCUGCCCUGGUUCAUCAGGCGCUACGUGCUUUGGCACAAAUCGGCAGAGUUGAAGCCGCUGUAUACCUUUGAGCGCGGCAUCGUGGGGGAUAUCCGCGAUAUGCGGGAGCACGGGGAGCACAGGGAGGAGGCAGAGAGAACGAAGGCGAGUGUCGAGCGAGAGGCGGAAGAGGUCAAGGCGGUGUGA